AUGUUGACCGACCAAGACGCCGACUGGCCGAACGCCCAUCACCAUGCCGGCAGCCAUGACACUUUUAACAUGAUUGAGCGUGUCUGCUCAGUUUUCUCACUACUCGGCUGUUUCUUCAUCAUCUUCACCUUUUGUUUCUCCAAGAGGUUUCGGAAACCCAUCAACCGCUUGGCCUUCUUCGCAACCUUUGGCAAUCUCGCAACCAACGUCGCAACAUUGAUGGGAAGAUCCUUCGUCGACAAGGCGGACGGAGCGGGCUGCCAGGUGCAGGCGUUUUUGAUCCAGAUGUUCAUGCCGGCGGACGCGUUCUGGGUGUUGGCGAUGGCUUUCAACGUAUUUCUAAUCUUUGAGCACCAGUACGAUGCCCAUAAGCUGAGGUCAAUGGAGAAGUUUUACUUCCUAGGCUGCUAUGGUCUGACAUUCAUCACCGCUUUGGUGUACUGCUUCAUCUCGACGCCUACUAGGGGAAAGAUGUAUGGGAAUGCAACACUAUGGUGCUGGAUUAGUCCAAAAUGGGAUAUCUUCCGCAUUGCAACCUUCUAUGGUCCUGUCUGGGUUUCCAUUGGUUUUACAUUCUUCAUCUACCUCCGCGCAGGAAGAGACAUCUACAAGAACCACCGACAGAUCAAGAAGUUCCACAUCAGCAGCUCUUACAGUGGAACGGUUGAUGAAACUAUGCAAUCCCGCAAAAUCACAGAGGUCUCCGUCACUCACGAGAUGGCUAACCGGAAUGGUAUCGGACUCGUGGACCUCGAGAGAAACAACCGCGCACAAGAACGCUCUGGCGACCCGGCACCUCCAAGGGUACCGCCCAAUGCUUAUUCCGUCACCAUUUCGGCAGAUACCCAGAGACCUCCAGAAACUCCCGACGGCGAAAACUUGGCACGCACAACCACAAUCACUGGAGGGCUGUCUGGGUCUGCGAAUACAGGCCAGCGCACAAAGUCUCGCCAGAACAACAGCGCAAUCUGGCAUUAUACCAAAUGCGCACUGUUCUUCUUCACAGCAUUGUUGAUCACAUGGAUACCCUCGAGUUGCAACCGUGUCUACUCCGUGGUUCACCAUAACCAAACGGUGAAGGUCCUCGAAUUAAUGGGCGCUGGGGUCCUGCCGCUACAGGGCUUCUGGAAUGCAGUCAUCUAUGCAGUCACGUCUUGGAAGGCAUGUGGGAAGUUCUUCGGCGAGGAUGUGAAGGAUUGGUUCUCAGGGGACCCGGAGUCUGGCAACAAACUACGUCGCGAUGGAAGUCAUUACCACCACAGCACCUCGCGCGUUAUCAUUGGGCAGGUCGCUAGUGUUGGGAUCAACCCGUUCCACAAGAUGGGCGGCCGGACGGGCCUUGCGAGUCCAGAGACGGAGAGCAUGGAGGAAUUGGCGGCGUGUGGGAGCCGCAGGAGCUCGUACGGAAUGGGGAGCGACGGUAUUUCCAAAGAUGUGAGAUAA